GCAUGAGGGCGCUCUAGCAUUGAAAAAUUUGCGUGUGUCAACAAAACUGUCCUGUCAGAAACGAUGACAGCUAUUUACUGUUGAUAAAAUAUUCAAAAUCAACCAAAAUUCGCAUCGCGAUAUCCUGAAAAUACAGCCCAUCAUGGCGCUGGACAUGCCUUAUAUGACAUAUAUGACAAUAUAUGUCAUUUCAGCCAGCAUUGUGUCGACGAACACGAGAUCAGCGACGCAUUGGAAGUUGCAGGAGAGUUCGACAGGAGAGUUCCUUGUACGGCCUGUCAGCGAGGAAGACACGGGCAAACUCUCCACUGAUGACCCGGUGAUGACUAUACUGGCUCAGAAGUACGGCUUCGGGGCCGGGGAAACGUUAUUGACUGCAAACGAUCAGGAGUGUUUAUCAUGUGGUAAAACGGCAGAAGAAGGAGUUUUAGAACUUAGCAAUCCAUCCGACCCAUUGAACUGUGGAAAGCAUGCCAACAAGACAGAUUACGAUAGUUUAAAUGGUAUAGCAGAUCGAUGGAAACAUCCGAGUAUACCAGAGCCAGAAGUAGCCCUCAUAUUUAAGAGAAGCGAUUCGGACCAGGUCGAUAUGUCGCUGCUAGAAAACUCGCUCAGAGAAACCAUUAAACUUAAUCCUUCAUCUUUAGCUGUCUUAAACCAAGUCGGUAAUUUUUGGCGGAUCAAAGGCAACACAUACCUGGCCAUUGAGUGCUUCCGCAAAGCCAUCUCCCUUUCACCCACCAAUCCAGACAUCCUUCUCAACUUAGCGAGGGUCCUAUUUAAUCUCCAGUAUCAUUCAGACGCACUCUAUCUUACGCAGAAAUCUCUUCAGUUUAAGACUCCCGACCAAAACUCUUGGCUCCAGCACUUUACCCUUGGUGAGAUAUUCAAGGUACUUGGGAAAUACGCCGAGGCAGGGGUUCACUUCAGAUACGCCCUUGACCUCAACCCCACGUUCCAGCCGGCAGAAGCACAUUUACGGGAAAUUGAACAGCCUACGCAGACAAACGCUACUAUUUAUACCAUCCUUAUUAUUGGUUUUUUAAUCGUGGCGGUCUGUGUUGCACUUUACGUCGUCACAGAAGUUUACAUGAAUGAAAGUCCAUUGAGGAGGUCUCCUAAAAUGCCAGUUCCGUGGGAUAGGUCGAAAUUUCCGAUGUUGAAAAGCAAAAGGGGAGGGUCAUAUUAGCUCAAAAAGAUUGUGCUUUUAUCUCUCUCUCUUAACAUGGUACUAAUAUUAGAAGGCUCUCCAGUUAGGAGUUGUUUUAUCUUUUUAUUGUGAUAAGUUAUCAGCCUAGACGUGCAAGAAGAAAAAGUAUCAAAGAUGAAAAGUUUGCUGACCUUUACACAAUAUGUUUUCUACUUUUUCUUACAUCUUGAGUGAUUAUUUCUGUUAAACCCAUAUUCUUUCAAACACAAACAUGAUUUUUCUUGAUGCUCUUGGUACUAUACCAUACCACAUACAUGUAAGUUGUACCAACUUUUAAUUGACUUUGGAGCUUUAAAUAAUAUUCUUUGCCAUCCCUUGUUAAGUAUCUAAUCUACAUACAAUUCAAUCAUAAUAGGGUUUGCACUUCCUCCUUUAUCGUUACGCUAUAGAACUUAAAAUUGGGUGAUGUUCUUGGAUAAUCCCCAUUAUCAUCUCUGCUCUGAAAAAUAGAAUUAGAUAAAAUACCCGUUAUUAAAAGAAGACUUGUUAUAAUUCUCCAAGACUUGUUACAAACCUCCCCUCACAAUUUGAUUUGAGCUUGGGUAGUUAAAAUCUGUACGUUUUAUGCACAUAGGUACACAAGAAAUAAUAGAUCUACCAGGUUUCAUAUUUACCUUUAGAAAAUGGAAUAAACAACUUUCCUGUUCCAAAAGUGCUCCUGUUAAGGGAAGCAAGUAUUCAAUUUGGCCUAUUAAAAAGUCAAUGUUACUGUAUAUGCAAAAUUAUAAUUAGUAUGGAGUUGAUUAUGACAUGUGGAAUGAUACCAAAUGGCCAUAAAAUGAAUAGACCAAGUGGCUAUUCGGUACUCUAUUCCAGACAAGCAAGGCCACUGAUCUCUCUGUAGAUUUAUACAUGGACAUGUAGGUAUCUCAUUGGCUGAUGGUAGGGACAAUAUAUGGCCCUGUUUUCUCUAGACCUUUAAUUCAAGACACUUUCAAGCCUCUGUAAUGAUCAUUGGUGCAACCUGACUGUAAGGAAAAUCUCAUGGGGUAAUCAUAAUCACAGUGAUACUGCAAUGCCCCGUUUUCAUGAAACUUGUUAUCACUUGCAAAUUAUAAACCAUAAUUAUAAAGUAUCUGAAAUACAUGUAGUGUCAUCUAUUUGUAUAAUUUGACAUAGAAUUUUGUGGUAAAGUUUUAUGAAACUGGGCCCUUGCAUUUAAAAACCCCACCCACAGUCUCAUCGAUCAGAUAAUGUUAUGAAUCUUGUGAUCAUUAACCCUAUCUAGGGGGGGGGGGGGACGCAGUACAGCUGGAGAACUGGUUAAAUACUUAACAUUUAUGGGCAUGUCGAAUCAAUGCAUCAGGGACUGUGGUUUAUAGCAAAGCUGAUAUUUCAAUCCUUAAUCAUGUGGUUUAAUUUAUGAGGAUACAGAAAAAUUCCCAUUGUUAUCAGAUUAUUGUAAUAUAUCUUUUUAAAUAUUUCCUUUUUUUUUGAGGGGGGGGGUGGGAGUGAUGGGCUUUUAAAUAUAUAUAUUCAUGACAUUAAGCUCCACAUUCAAGGGUGGAUCCAGGAUUUUUUCGAGAAAAAAAUUGAGAAGCCAAAAAAAAGUCUUCACUUUCAAAAUGGGGCACACUUUAACAGCAUGUUUACAUUACAAAUUUUAAUUGUUCCUCUCAAAAAGGGGGGGGGGGCGGCUAUGCCCCCCUGGAUCUGCCAGUGUCCACAUUGUUCCUUUAUUUCUACCCUUUAGGGUCUGGGAGUGGGUAUGGAGGAGGGGAUGGUUCUUCUUCCAGCAUACCCAGAUCUCAAUGACCUAUCAGAAAUUAAUUCACUUUCAUCAAUGUUUUUAGGUAAAAAUCCAUUUUGUUUUUUCAUCAACCCUGUGACUGACUAAUAUAAAGUAUGUCAUUUAUGUUUGAAAUGAAUUUUUCCCCUUCUCAGUGACGAGGUGUGAAGGUGUGGCUAUUCUUUAAAAAAAAACAAUUUACUUUGUUUGGGGUACGGGGGGGGAGUGAAGUAACUAUGGCUUCCUGCACCCUGUAGACACCCAGAAUUGCUUUCCUGUCAAGAUAUGGUCUUUUUGCUGUCCUAUCCGUCUGCAGCAUUUUAUUUUAUUGAUGAUAGGUUGUGUUUGCCGAAAACAAAAAAUAAAGCUUUGCAAGCUCUGGUUUAAUUCUCUCAUUAUUGUACAAUGGAGCUAAAUUAUUGCUGAUAUAUAUAAAAAAAAAGGUGACCAUAACAUCUGGGCAAUUCCAUAAAAUAUGUACGUCCGACCCCCAUAUGUGGGACCUUCAUGAAAUUUUCUGUCUCUGAUUUCUUGUUCUUUUAUCAGUCUGUAAUGUUCUCAAAGGACCAUGACUUGGUCUGUUUAUAAAGUGAAGUAAGACUUGAGAAAAAUGGGGCUCGGAUGUACAAAAAGGUUGAUCAUUUUAUGGAAUUGUUCAUUUAUUAUUAAAAAAAAGUGACCAUCAUUUCUGCUUUUAAGAAGGAAAGCAAAGCAAAGCACUUGCUUAUCACGAUCUUUCAACCCUUCCAAACUAGAACUAUACAGGUGUAAUAAUCCAGCACAGGGUAUUGAACUUGAGCUUUGUAAUUGUAGCUAAAGCAAAAUCGAACAGACGUACAGAAUAAUUCAACCCUUUUUUUCCGGCACAAAUCUUGAUGAAAUUUGAAUGGCAUUGAUUAAUAGAAAUGUUCCUAUUUUCCUCCCUGUAACACUCUGGUACGUCAUUGUGUCAUCGAACCAUAUAUUCUGUGUAACUAAGAACUGAUACUGAAAGCUCCUAAGCUCUGUCCAGUGAAAAUGUCCAAAAUGAUAUUUCAUUCUUUGGCAAACUUGUGUUGUGUAAUAUCCGAAGAGGUCAGUGUAUUUCAAACAAACUUUUUAUGAUCUUCUUUUUUUCAGGCUGCAAUAAACCAUUUUUUCAUACUGUGA